AUGGACUAUGGGGAAAGACCGAUUUGCGUGCAUACAAGAGUGGUGUUGGCCGUGGUGGAUCACCGUACACACGAAUAUGUGGUGCUCACUCCCGACCUUGAUGUGUAUACAGAGGUCCUACAUGAAAGCAAUCCAGAGCUAGUGCGAUUUCUCCUUCCAGGUCCCAAUGGUGGCAUACCCCGAGGUGUCGCUGCCCGGAAUGUAUACUCAUUUGCUCCUAUGUCCGCGGCGGAUUUGUCAAACUAUACCCGUCAAGGCAGAGAGGAGGCAGAAGCCGAAAUCCUGCGUCGGGGGUCGGCUGCGGGCGGUGUGGCGCCCGUUGACCCGGACCCGGCUGGGGGAGCUGCUCCUGAAGUUGACGAUGGACGGCGGUGGGUGCUGGCAGAGUACAUCCCAGGGCAUAAGAUCGGAGAAGAGAUUGAGCUUGCCGCCGGGUCUGCAAGAGAUGGGCAUUGGGCCCUCCAUCAUAUCACUGACUCUGCAGGAGUGAUCCAGGUUGCUCUAGUGGCCAAUGUGGCUGAAGCGGACCUGGACUCCUUUUGCGAAGCCCGCAUACAGAGAUGCCGAGAAGCUGAGGCUGCGGACCACUUCCUGCAGACAGGCUACCGGCCGGGCGGAGCUAUAGUGGUUCCAGCGCUUACCAAGCAUGUUGCUGAGAAGUUGCACCAGGAGGGCCAGAUCAUGAAGGAGCGUCGGAAGCUUCGCGAGGAGAAGGGGCAAGGAAAAGGGAGGAAAGGCGACCCCGGGGGAAACAAGGUUUUUCGACCUCCUAUCCCUCAUGAUGAUCGACAGAGGGAUCUCUUUCCGCUGCCUUUGUUGGUGGAGGAGCCGGAGGUGGCCAAGAAGUCUCUCAGCCGCAGUGUAAAGCAACGAAUUCAUCGCAGGAGGAACAGACAGAGGCGCCUCAAUUCGGCCGUGGUCGCCUUGAAUUCACUUUUCUUUGGGAAGGAUUUGGAUUCUGCAAAAAGCUGCAUUAACAUAUCCGACCUGCCUCGCGUCCAGGGGGAUGUGCUCAGGAGCCUCAUUCAUAGACUGAAGGUUUUGGGGCCACCACCUGCCGUUGCAAGCUACCGAGAAGCCCUUCAGGCGCUUCAGGUACCAGGGGGCAGCUACGAGGCUGAACCCGGUGUUGGCGAAACCGUGCCAAUGGAUUUGAGUUCCUUGUCCUUGCCCACUUUGUCAGGGACUGGGGUGGAUCUUGAGAGAGAGAUGAGUGGCAGCAUCGGAGACAUGAUCCGCGACUUCGAGGGGCACUUGCUCCAAGAUGCAACCACUUGGGCCUCGGUGGCAGAGGAGGCUGCCCGGAUGAAGCCUUACAAUGACCCGAAGAUGCAUCAUAAGGGUUUCUACCGUGAUUUUCUACUUCGUCUGCAGAGCUGUGGCAUUCUAACUUUUUCCAGGCGUGCUCGGGGCAGGGUAGGCGCUUUCUCGGUCAGCAAGAAGCCAAAGGUGAUAGAUGGGCAGCUCCGUCACCGCCAAAGGCUCAUCCUUGACUGCAGGCAGGUAAACCUUCAGUUUAGGGCCCCGCCCUUGACGGAGUUAGGAUCCCUUGCUGCCCUUUGCGAGAUUGAAAUUGGACCGGGAGAGACAGUUUACACUGGUGGGGCCGAUAUUGCUGAUUGCUUCUAUGGCUGCAGGCUUCCGAUUGGGAUGGAGUCCUUCUUCUGCUUCAAGGAGGAUAUCUUGGUCCGGGAUGCCAAGGCACUCUUUCCUGAAAUGCCCGAAUGGAUUCAUGGACUCGCAGAGGAUAGUGUCAUUUCUCCAUGCCUCAGUGUGCUCCCUAUGGGUUUUUCUUGGUCUUUUUACAUCGUACAACAGCUACAUGAGCAGAUCACCAUGCAGGCUCUAUCGAUUGAUCGACGUGAUCUCAUCUUGGACUCACAUCCGGCGCGUGAACUCAGGCGCGGGACAUGUUUGGCCAUGCCAUACUGCGACAAUGUGCACGUGAUCGGCAAAGAGAGUGGUCGCGUUGAGCAACAUCGCCUUAGGGUUUGUGAGUGUCUUCGAGAGAAGGGCUUCCAAGUGCAUGAAGAGGUGCCCGCCAGUGCCGUGGUGCCAACUUUGGGUGGUAUCGUGGACGGGCAUGCAGGCCUGGUUAGAGCUACCCCCUCUCGACUGUGGAAGAUCAUAAUUGGGUUCGAGUAUUGCCUCCGGAAGCCAGUGAGCUCAGAGUUCGUGCGUCGGCUCCUGGGUCACGCGAUGGUCCUAUGUGUCCUGAACAGGUGCGGUAUGGCCAUCUUCCGCUCCCUCUACGACUUCAGUGCAAAAGGCCUCGGUCCGUGUCGACUUUGGAAGAGUGCAGCCCGGGAGUGUCGUAUGUUCAUUGCCAUCGCACCUCUUCUUCAAGGGAAUCUUCGGAGGGAGUGGUCAAGUCGAGUCACAUGCACAGAUGCAUCGCCCGAGGGGUAUGGGAUCGUCGAGUGUGAGCUGGGGGUCGAUCAAGUCAGAGAGAUUGGGCAGUGGAACGAGCGAUGGAGAUUCAAGAGAUUGCCAGUAAGUGAGUGGAGGCAUCGAGAGCGGGCCUUCAACUACGAUGUGGUUUCGGAUCUCUUCACUGUGGGGAGGCCGGAACCGACUGCAGGGAUCAACCAGGAGUAUGUCGAGAAUGAAGAGUUCGUCGAGGUCCCAUUCCAGCUAAUGAAGCCCUCCAGGUGGCACACUGCGAAAAUCGGUAUGUGGAAGAACACCUCAGAACAUAUCAGUCUCAAGGAGGGGAGGUGUCUUGUACUCGCUCUCAGGCGGCUUUCUCGUGAUAGCAAGCAGAGAGGGAGGAAAUUACUCAUUUUCGUUGACAACUUAGCGUUGGGCAUGGCUGUGAGCAAGGGGCGGGCACACGAUUUUCACAUGCUGCGGGUAUGUCAACAAGUCGCCGCCAUUUCUUUAGCCUCAGACCUCUUCAUCAGGCCACGAUGGGUGCCUUCCGAGGUUAACCCAGCUGAUGGGCCGUCCCGUGGCAGCCUCCAUCCGAAUUCUGACUGGCAAGCCGUUGCGGAAUGGAGGCGUGCCCAAGCAGGGGAGGCAGAAAGUGGCACAUCGGAUGGUAGUCCCGAAGGCUCGUUUGGACAGCCGCCCGAGCACGGAGACUGGUCGCUUGAGAGCGUCAACUCCGACGGUGAGGGGGAAGCGCGACUCGAGGACACUCAAUGGUCCCUCUUCCGCCGUUUCAAAGAUCAGGAAGAAGCAGGGGGCAGCGAGGCAAGAAUGAUCAAGCUUGGAAGCGAGAAGGCUUCAAGGAACGAGGAGGAGAUGGACCAGAACAUGACUCUCCUCGAGAUGGCAAGUGUCAGCGAAGCCCAGCGAAAUCAGUACACGAAGUACCUGAACUCGUUCAAGGACUUCUGCCAGGAGCACGAGAUGGGGUGGCCUCCGGACAACCUCGACUGGGUCCUGGCGGAUUACUUCGACGACAUGUUUUUGCAAGGGAGCUCCCUUGCCGUGGGGGAGAAGACCAUUGCAGCGGUGGAAUUUCGUUUCAUCGAGGCAAAGAAAGGGCUUUUGAGAGCGCGCAGGGCUUUGAAGGGGUGGAGAAAGCUACGACCGCCUACGAGCCGGCUCCCAUUGCCGAAACCAGUCACCUAUGGAAUUGCGAUGGUUCUAAUCGCAAAGGGGCACCGGGAUAUGGGAGUCAAGACGCUCGUGGACUUCGACCUCUACCUACGCCCAGGGGAGAGCCUCGACGUGAGAGCCAAACACGUCGUACGUCCAGUGCCAAAGUCCGGGAAACAGUAUCAGAAGUAUGCUGUGAUCAUCCGGGAUCAGGAGUUGGGGCGCCCCGACAAGACGGGGACCUUCGACAACACGAUCCUGCUCGACAACCCGGAAACAGAAAGCUGGCUUGGCCCUCACCUUCAUCGCAUGGCCAGGAAAGUGACAGGCGAAUCCCCGGUGUUUCAGUUUUCAUCCGAGGCCUUUCGGAAGCAGUUCCAGAGUGCCGCGGAGGCCAUCGGACUGAAGCAUCUUCAUCCAUACCAGCUUCGACAUGGAGGAGCGAGCGAGGAUCUGAACUCCAGGAUCCGCGAUCAUGUGGCAGUCCGCGAGCGGGGUCGCUGGAAAACCGACUCCAGCUUGCGCCGCUAUGCCAAGACGGGGAAACUUCAGAAGAUGCUAGGCGAGCUGAAGGUAAGCCACCUCGAAUUUUGCCAACAGAGUGUGCGUCGCAUGCCGAAGGUCUUGGACGGCACACUUCCGGCUCAGCUUCCCUAG